CAUAAUCCUGUUGAAAAAUAGUAUCAUAAACUCGGUCACCUACUCUCAUGAAUGAUACAUAUUUAGUGAUAUCAGGAGACGGAUGUAGACUCAUUAUAAUUCAUUGAUCAUAAGUUUCGUUUUAAAUUCUUUUUUUUUAAUUUAUUUGCGGCCGUCGCCAUACAGACGCCAAUAUCAGCUGACUGAUGCUCUGAAGGUCGCCGUUUUUCAGGUUACUUUGCUUUCUGUCUGAUCUGUCCUCCAUCUAUUUGAAGAAUGGCCGCUUUAAUGAGAACCACCAGUGCUGCCAGCCGGCUUUUGACCUCCAGAAUGAGCUCAGUUCUGGCCAGUCGAGGAUAUGCCGAUGAAAUGGACUUUACAUUUGCCGCUGCCAAUCAGGUUUUCUACGCAAAUGCGAAUGUGAAGCAGGUUGAUGUGCCAUCGUUCAGUGGUGCUUUCGGUAUCCUUCCCAAACACGUGCCCACAUUAGCCGUCCUCAAGCCAGGAGUUGUAACAGUAUUCGAGAAGGAGGGAUCAUCGAAGAAAGUCUUUGUCUCUAGUGGAACAAUCACAAUCAACGAGGACUCGUCAGUGCAGGUGUUGGCUGAGGAGGCGCACCCCCUGGAGAGCCUGGACGGAUCGGCCGCCAAGGAGGCACUGAGGCAGGCGCAGAGCAACCUCUCUUCCGCCUCCUCCGACUACGACAAGGCGGUCGCGGCCAUUGAGGUGGAGGUCGCCGAGGCACUCGUGCAGGCCACCAACUAGGGAAGCCUCCCCCCCACCAACCACCAACCGGGCCUCCAAUCUGCCGGGUUUCAAAUUAAUGCUAUAGGUAAUAAUUAGGAUGUCGCUGUUAUCAAAAUAAUGUAUAUUUGUCGUUCACGUAUGUGUGAAUAAAACUGGUUCUGUUCCAA